AUGACGUUCCAACUUACAAGUCAAAUUGACGGCCACUCUCCAGCCCUAUCCUCUCCACAUCCCAAGGCUACAAUCACUCUGACUAACUCAACUCCACAAACCCACAACACAGAAACUUCCUCCCCUCACCUCUCAAGCCAACAAAAAUCCACACAACACAACUCCCCAAGCCCCAACCUCCCUCCCAAUCUCACCAACUCUUUCACCCUUCAACAUUCAAAGUCUGCCUACCUAAUCCCACCAACUCCUACCUAG